CUGCUUUCAGCUUUCCAUAUAAAGCAAGAAUUGCAUCAUAAACCUCUCUGAAAAAAGGAACUUCUCUCCAUAUUCAUCCAUCAAAGCUGAAAUAAAAGAAACAAUUUAGCUGAGGGGAAACCCUUAAGAUCUUGAAGAAGUAGAGAUGGGGAGAGGGAAGAUUGUGAUCCGAAGGAUCGAUAAUUCAACGAGCAGGCAAGUGACUUUCUCGAAACGAAGAAAUGGAUUGCUUAAGAAGGCUAAGGAGCUGUCAAUACUGUGUGAUGCAGAAGUUGGCCUGGUCAUCUUCUCCAGCACUGGCAAGCUUUAUGAUUAUGCAAACACUAGCGUGAAUUCCGUAAUCGAUCGAUACAACAAAUUGAAGGAGGAACAGCACCAAGUGUUGAACCCUGCUUCGGAAGUCAAGCUUUGGCAAAGGGAGGCAGCAAGCUUGAGGCAGCAACUACAAUACUUGCAAGACACCCACAGGCAAUUGCUGGGAGAAGAGCUUUCUGGUUUAGGCAUCAAAGACCUACAGAAUCUGGAAAACCAAUUGGAAAUGAGUUUGAAGGGAGUCCGAAUGAAGAAGGAAAAAAUUUUAACUGAUGAAAUAAGAGAAUUAAACCAAAAGGGGAGCCUCAUUCAUCAAGAGAAUAUAGAUCUCUACAAGAAGGUUGACCUCAUCCGUCAAGAAAAUAUGGAAUUGCAAAAGAAGAUUCAUGGAGCAAGGAAUAUAAAUGAAUCCCAGGUAUAUCGAGCCAUAAAUUUGAAUGAAUCAAACAGAAGUUCCCAGGUCUCACAUGGUUUCAGCAAUGGAUUUGACUUACACGUGCCUAUCAAUCUCCAGUUAAGCCAGCCUCAUAACAAUGAAACACCAGAGAAAGCAAUGGAACUAGGGUAACUUUUCUCUUCAGCAUCCUUGUAAAGAAACUACAACUUCGUUAACAAAGAGCACUACCAACUGAAGGGAUGUUGAUUGAAUUCCAAUAAACAAGAGCCCAGACAGCUACAAAACCAUGAUUCUAACAGUAGGAGUUUGUACAUGGGCUACUAUAUAAAAUACAGUCCGCUUGAAGAUUUGGUAUGACAUGAUCUAUGAAACCAACUUUAGAAUUGAUGUGAAUGAUAAUCCAAACUAGCUAUUCAUGUAAAUGUAUGUGAUAAUACAAAAGUAUUGCAUGUCCCA